AUACAAGGGUGUUCUGGGACGUAGAGGAUGUCUCAAUCCUUGAUCAUCUAAAUCCUGGUUUGGUUUAUAGUAAUAUCUACUCGGAUCUUGAGGAUAAGGGUUUUCAAUGUAAUGGCAUCUAUGCGUUCGUUGAUGGUAAUGUCUCGGAAACUUUGAGAAAUUCAUAUUAUAUUUCCCGAAUCUAUCUCAACAUUGGAGGAAGUAGAUAUCAGAGAGUUUACAACAUGUCAGUGCGGACUCUUCUCUGGGCAGUGAGAGAGAGAGAGCAUUUUAUGGAAUCAAAUUUGAUUAUAUUUUCAAAAAACAUUGACGAGCAGUUGACAAGUCUCGUUGAGAGUAUCAAAAAGAAAGCUGAUUUCGAUAUUGUCUUCCUAGAUCCUAGCAGCAUAUUAGAGAACAGUGCUGGAACCCCCCCUGUCUUCGUCGAGCAUAUCAAAGACGUUAGUUACCGUUGCGGCACUUGUAAUUCUUCUUCUAUAACCAACCCUAAUUUUACAAAGCCUAGUCUCUCAUCCAACCCCGUCGAUAAAUUACUCGAUAGCCCCAACGUCGAAACAUUUUUCAGCAAUUUAUCCCAGCCCAUCGGAAAAUUCGCUAACGCGUACACAGAAGUCUACUGGUUCGUCGAUGAUUCGUCAAUCAUUAACCAACUCGAUCCUGGUUUGGUUUAUCGGACUAUCACAUCCGGUCUUUCGAAAAAGGGCUAUAAGGGAAGCAAUAUGGGAAUGAUCCACGCGUUCAUUGAGGAUAAGAAUACACUCUCCAAAGAAGUGCUGGAUAUAUAUUUGGAAAACCUAAUCUUUACCUUUACCUUUUCCAAAGGAAAUAAAUAUGCAAUGUUACAUGAAAUUCUUCCUUGGGCACUGACAAAACGUGCUCUACCAACCAAUUUGGUUGUACUCUCAAGAAACAUCAAUGAAGAGGUCUCAAGGGUUCUUCAAAGUUUGAGAAAGGAUGGUAGGUUCAAUAUUGUCUUUCAUGAUCCUACUACCCUGUUACUUGCAUGUGUUGGAGAACCCAUCAAGAAGGACUCUAGUUACCGCUGCCCCUCUUGUAAUUCUAUUAUUGGCAGGGCAGGCCAAAGUAGCUCGCAAAACCAAUAAGAUCUCAAGAGGUGGAGAGAGUAUUCUCCUCUUUAGACUCGUUUGUAUUCAUCAAUGUUAUGAGCUGUGUUGGUCUAUGAAUAAAUUAUUACUAAGUUAAGUUUGUAUUCA